AAUAAAUCCAACCAAUGACGACUCCCAACUUGCACGAUCUACACAAUAUUCUCUUUCUUCCACUUUUUUUACUCCUUUUUUAUUUUAUGCUUUUUCUGGCUUACCUUUUUUUUCCUCAGGUUACUAAAAGAAGAAAGAGAUGAGAAGAAGAAUGGUGAGAGGAAAGACUCAGAUGAAGAGGAUAGAAAAUGAUUCAAGCAGACAAGUAACUUUCUCAAAGAGAAGAAAUGGAUUGUUGAAGAAAGCUUUUGAACUUUCUGUUCUUUGUGAUGCUGAAGUUGCACUCAUCAUUUUCUCUCCUACUGGCAAACUCUAUGAAUUUGCUAGCUCAAGUGCAACAAGGACAAUAGAUAGAUACCAAAAGCAUAUGAAGGAUUUGCGGGGUGUGAAGAGCAAAGUUGUAGAAAGAAAUGUUCUGCAGUACAGGGAAGAUGCUAAUGAACUCGAGAAGAGGAUUAAAAACCUUGAACUUUCAAAAAGGAAAUUAUUGGGGGAUGGUCUAGAUGGGUGUUCUAUUGAUGAGCUUCAAGAGCUAGAAAAACAGCUCGAUAAGAGUCUUUCCAACAUAAGAGCUAGAAAGAAUGCGUUGUAUAGAGAGCAGUUGGAUAAGUUGUAUGACCAGGAGAAGCUCUUACUCAAAGAAAAUGCUCGGCUAAAAGAGAAGCUUGAAAUGUGUUCGGCAGCUCUACUAGUCAGUCCGGCAUCACUAAUUGAUCAGCAGAAGGGCGUGCAAGACGUGGAAACAGAACUAUUUAUAGGACUACCGGAAAGCAGAAACAGUCAAUUCAACUAAUUAACUCGGAACAAGAAAAACAUAUUAAAUCUUACUCCAUAGUUAACAUCAUUUCAUUUGCAUCUCUGAGUUUGGUUGGUAAAUAAUGUAUCCCCUGAUCAGAUCAACAAGUGUGCUACAAAGAGUCAUAUGAUUUGUAUUUUGGUCUCUUAUAUAUGAUUAUGAUAUGAUAAUUAAUGACAA